UUUACGGUCUGUCUAGUCGCCGUUGAACCAAGCAUACAGACACUUCUCUCUGUUAAAUGAAAGCAAAACCCUUAAAAAUGGACCAUCCUCCUUCUCCUCCUCUCUCUCUCUCUGUAUCUUUCAAGAAAAUAAAUACUCCUUCUUCACCUUCCACUUUCUUUUCGUUUCUUUCGCUUUGAUUGGUAUUAUCAAUCUCCCUUUCUUUCUCUUUCUCUUCCUCUUUCAAGAAACAUCAAAGUCAAGAAAUCUUUUCAAGAAUCAAGAAACAAACAGACAAUGCCUGUUACAUUAGGAAAAAACCUUCAUCUAUGCUUUACCAAGAUCAAGAAUCCAUUAGAAUCCGAAUCGCCCUCUACUAGCCACCCACUUGUUAUUAACAACUAUAACUCUCUCUUUGAAUCCAAAUCCCCACCUCGCUCCUCCUCCUCCUCUGAACCUGACUUCGCCACCGUGUUCGCUUCUCAGCGCUUCUUCUUCUCCUCACCGGGACAUUCAAACUCCAUUAUCGAAUCUACUCCCUCGAUUGUUACUCCUACAGAAUCAUCUAACUCGCUAGUCAGCCUAAAAUGCAAUGCCACCGCUGCCACGCCAUUAUCCGAUAGUAGCACUACGAAUCAAUCUAACCGGUCGUCUUUAGAAUCAUUGACCCCUCCCACAAUCAAAGAUAGUGUAGCGGUCCCCACAUACUCGCCGGAUCCUUACUUGGACUUCCGGCGAUCCAUGCAGGAGAUGGUGGAGGCACGUGACUUCGUAGACGUGAAGGAGAAUUGGGAUUACUUACAUGAGCUGCUUUUAUGUUAUCUUGCAUUAAAUCCUAAGAGUACUCACAAAUUCAUUGUCCGUGCUUUUGCUGAUCUUCUUGUUAGUUUAUUGGCGUCACCGUCGUCAACGCAAAAGGCGGAGGGAGGGUGAAGUGGACGGCGGCGGAUGUGAGAAUAAUUUGUUGGCAAUAUUGCAUGUAACAUGUAAUGUUGGAUAUGUCGGAAAAAUGAUUGGGUAAUGUUGUUACAAUUGAUUUUGGCAAUAUUAUUUAUAUAUGUGGGGAACUAAUUAAAGCUGGCCCUUUACUU